AUGGUUCCGACAUACGAGAGUGCGCCUCUUCUUGCAGCGCAAGACGAUAGUGGAUAUCGCCUUUUUGAAUCUAUAGCAACUCCUGUGUGUCAAACACAGCAAGAAUGUGGAUUCAAUCUUCCGGAAGCAUUUCGCGAGUUCCAGGAGCUUGAGUCAAAGUCAUGGACCCACCCCCGGCGCAAAGACGAAUUAGUAGCUCCCUCAGGUAGCCUCUCAUGGCCCAUCGCUCAUUAUCUGCACAAUCCUUCCUUCCAAACUCUUACACCACAUGAGGAAGAAACGGAAGAUGCAACGAGUUCCUGCAUCUGGAUGAUAAUUGCAAAUAACUUCGUGUCAGGAAAGACAUUUAUUUUCGAUCACCUCUCCCGUCGUGAGAGUGUGGAUGGUUUACAGGUAUAUCCGCAGACUAUCCUUGAUCUCCACGAGACAUGGCUGUCCAAGAUCCGGUCCAAUAUGGCGGCAAAGGUGGAGGUCGUGUAUGGUAAAAAGGUCAGCGAACGGAUGCCGCAGAUUUACGAUCUCGAGCCAUUACAACUAUGGGGUGGAUACAAAGACAUUGUUCUAUAUCUGGAAUGGUUAUCGACCGAUUCACUGCCCGGAAAGUCUCUCGCACGUUUCGUAGUGCCCGCCUAUCACCCACAAGCCUUUUUGUCACCUGGGGGCGCGCGCUAUGGCGUUCGACAGGACACAAUCUUACGUGUUGCGCACGAGUUAGCUGGCCUAAUCUAUAAAGACGGCUUCUACAAGAGUUUUAAUACGACUAUGAUCAAUAAGAGCGGUGUUCGACCACAUCAUUACAUUGAAUCGAGGAAGCUUGCCGUCGUUGCUGGAGAGGAACUUGCGAAGAAUAUCGCAGAAUUGAUUAAGCCUAACAAAUUAAGGCCGAUAAGCCGGGUACGGCCCCCUCCGGAUGAACUAGAGAUUGUACGCUUCAACAAGACUAAGUCAUUCAAGUUAGAUGCAAAGCCUGCGGUCUACCAGACAAAGAUUACCAACCGCUUUGAUCCUUCCGCAAAUACCUCGACACAACUACAUCCUGGAUUCACACGCACCCUGGAUGUUUUCCCUCCACUGUCGUUUAGUGGAUUUGUCCCAAAUAGGCUGGUUCAGGGUCCAGAACCACAUCCAGACUUGACAUUAUCGAAGGCUCUGGUGGAAGACUCCCCGCCAAGCCUUUCACCGCCUUUGGCCCUGUCUUCCGCUCUAGCCACGCCCCUAUUAAGACCUCCAGUUGCUAGCAAGGGCUACAAUUCAAGAGAGAUUCGUCAAUUUGGACAGACAGGAGAAAAGGGGCCGUUUGAAUACUGGCAUGGACAUAGACCGGUGAUGAGCAAGAUGGGAAGGGUUAGGAUUUGGGUGCUCCGCAACAAACAGAGCAAGGCCGUGAAAAUACAAAGGCUCGGUUUCUCAACUUACGGCCCGUAUCUUCUUAAAACAGGGAGCAGGAUCCUGGAUUCCAACGAUCGAGGGGUUAGCUUGGUUUCUCUAGAGGGUAAAGAACUAUGGCACGCAAGUCUAGACCAACUUCGCUCACAGAAGAAUGGCAGUGCCUUGGUGGAACACCAUAAGCACGAGCUUAAACAACAGGGACAAUAGCCAAUAGGUAAACUGCUAGGUUCGGCGUUUUCUAACUUUAUAGUAGGGCU